CUUCAGUCUUCAGUACUAUACCUCUCUGUUAUAUCGACAAGGAAAUGCGUCUGAGUUUGAAUGAAUCAGCAGGGAGAAACUCAAUUACAACUGCUGCUUCAACAGAUUCAUUCUGUCUGCAUUUUCUCUCUGAGAAAGAGAGACCCGAUACGGUUUCUCUCUGCAUUAGCAGUACUUCAGUAAAGGUCUGGAAGGAGGAAGCUUCUUGUUUUGCUAGGGACUUCAGUAGCUGGUGCUGUCCAGGAGACAGUGCUAUAUGUUUUGCACACUUCUGGCUGUCAAAGUUGCAGUAUAAUCAAAACCUGCAGUUUCUGGAAUUGGAAAUGAAUGGCAGCAUACAGAAUGAAUUGCAGCUUUGGUUUCCUGAAGAGUUGGAAUUUGGACUUUGGGACCUUUAUUGUAUUCCAGUUGCCUCACUGAGUGAAUAUACUAUGGGAUUUUUAAACUACCAGAAACUGUGUUACUUUCUUUGUUACUUAAAUCUGGGAUUUUCAGAGCAAGCAGUUGGAUAUAAGAAAAUGUUUUCAAUCAUAAAGUAUGUGACAAAUAAUUCUCACAUCCUACACCUAGCAAUUUCUGUGCUGACUUUUGCACUAGCAGGUCUCUGCUAUGCAGUAGCAAAGGGCCUUGAUGCCGCAAGUGAUAAACGCUGAGGAAGCACGCUAUUGUUUUAUGUGCUGUAUUUAUUCUGUAGAGAGAUGGUAUUGAGAACUCUGAAGCAAAGGC